AUGCAAAACCCCAAGCAGUUCUGGCUCAUGGCACUGUGGGAGGAGGUGCUGCUGCCCCUCAGGGAAGCUGUACACAACAGAGAGGAAGGCGAGGUCUCGCUCGGGCAGAGAGAGCAGCCAGGCUCGCUGCCCGUCCGAGCGCUGUGCCCAGGGCACCCCUGCCCCGUGUCCCCCUCGCACUCAGCUGCAGCACUUCCCACCUCACUGGCAAGGACACAGCACCCCUGCAGACUCGUAGUUGCCGUGCUGGGCUCUCGUAGCAGGCUGCCGGGUGACACAGCUGUGCUCGGAAGAGCUCUGUGCAGAGGAGCCGUGCUCCGGCAGCCGCUCACGGUGCGCCACACGAGGCGGCUCCGUGAAGGGACGGCGGGCCCGGCCCAGCCCGGCCCAGCCCGGCAGGAGCACCGCGCCCGCCCGGGGCAGGCCCCGCAGGGCUGCUCUGCGCUCCCUCGGAGCUCUGCCCGCAAAGGCAGCGCCCCAGCCCUGCUAUUCACGGGAAAAACCCGCCUAGGUGGGCUCUGGUUCGGGGGAACGCCCGCCUGCUGGCACCCUCCCGCAGGGGUGUCCCAACGCCAGCUCACCCUUGGCCUUCAGAAAGGCUCAGAAAUGGCCGGUUUGGGCUGUGCAAUAGAUGAAUUGUGUCCAAAGCAAGAUGUGACCUGGCCUGGCAGAGCAGCAGCUGUGGGGACACUGAUGUGGCUUUCAGCAUGCCAGGACCAGGUGAGGAAGGACCUUGCAGACUUGCACGUCCCACUGCGUUCAAGCUGUUAUUUGAGCACUCAGAAGAAAAUGCAUUCAAGUUCAGCAUCAAUCUUAAACCUCCUGCUGAGCCUCAGGCAAUGGGAUAAGCCAAGUAAAGCAUAGGGAUAAUUAAAAUGCAUAAAGGUCUGAAUGUCUCAACUUUGAGAAGAAUUAAAGGGGAGAAAUGAAAAUCGAGAAAAAAUAUAAGUUUGCUUCUUAAAUUUACUGUUUACCUCUUACUUUACCAUUUAAAUAGAGAAGCCACUGAGAGAAAGCCAAUAUGGGAUCAAAUUUAGACAUGAAACCCAUUCAGAUGUACAGAAGGAAAAUGAUCGGAAGUGUGUCAGCAAAGCAAAAUCAGCACACAAAAAUCUUCUUGUUAAUUUUUAAAUCCACUGAAAUAUUUUUUUUUACCUCCUUAAGUUGUACAGCCAUAUUCAGAAGAGAUUCAUGCUCUUUUGUACCUCAUUGAAGAAUAAAACAUAUCAAAGUCAGAAAUCAA